AGCCAACUGAAUAAAGGGUUCAAUCAAGCACGGACCUGAAAUUGUAUACCCAGCCGUGCAUUAUAAAUGAACGUUACACGGAUUGCCGUCGAAGACAGAAUAUAGAUGGCCAGCUACAAGUAUGUUUACUUUGCUCUGAGGGGGAGGGGGGAACUCAUCAGAAUGGUGUUCAGACUGGCCAGGGUGGAGUUCCAGGAUGAACGGGUGGACUUAGAAGACUGGAAACAUAUUAAACAUAACACACCAACUGGCGAGCUGCCUUAUUUGGAGGUUAAUGGGAAACGUCUCACCCAGAGCCUAACCAUAGCACGCUAUUUGGCACGUGAGUUUGGGCUGGCGGGAGGCAGUAACUGGGAACAGGCCCUAGUAGAGCAGGUCGUAGACACUUGUGACGACUUACGGGCAGAAAACGCCAAGAUCAUUCACGAAAGGGACAAAAACAAACUGAAUGAACUUAAAUUAAAAAUGAACGAUGUAAUCCUACCUAGAUACCUGGAUAGACUCAGCAGCUUCCUGAAGCAGCAUGGCGACAAAUAUUUCGUGGGAUCAGAGAUUACAUUAGCAGACCUAGCAGUACAUGAAGUGAUGACUACUUUCCUUCAGGAGGACCCAUCUGUUUUAGAUAAAUAUGAAGCUUUGACAGAACAUCGGCGGCUCAUAGAACAUCACCCGAAUCUAGAACAGUACCUAGCUGACAGACCAGUCACAAUCGUGUAAAUUGGACGAUUUUUUUUUAUCAAGGACUGGAGUCCCUACUCAACCAACACGUAAAAAGUUUGCAAGGGAUGUGGUCAUGGUGCUUUUUGUAUGAAAUUUUACAUAUAUUAUGCAUGUUUUAUAAACAGUCCAAGAAUACUUAUCAUAUGGUUAAAAUGGGGAUUAAUUGUUUUGGUUUUUAAAUGAUUAUACAUGUAUAUAGAUUAUUAAAAAGUGAAGAUUAAAAAGAAUUAUGUUGGAUUUUAUAUAAAACUGCUAUCCUUCCUUGUGUUUUUAAAAUUUGAUAUUUUAUGCACAUUUAUAUAUAACGAUCGAAUUAUCUGAUUUCUAUUGUUCUUGACAUAACUGCCUCAUUUAAAGUCUUACACGUAUGUGUUGCAGACAUGCAUAUUGUUCUGACAUUAAUAUAAUUGCAAAAAUUUAAUUCAUGCAAAACUUUUUAGGAAAUUCAUGUGAUAUUUUGUGAUUGGUUAUUUAUUGUAAUGUAAUUAUGUACUUUUUUUAUGUUUACUUUUUUUUUCUGAUCACAUUUUGUCCGUCGUCCGUCCGUCCGUCUGUAAACUUUUCACAUUUUCGACUUCUUCCCAAGAACCACUGGUCUAAUUCUAACCAAACUUCGUACAAAGCAUACUUGGGUAAAGGGGAGUAAAAAUUGUUAAAACCAAGGGCCAAGUUUCUUUACAAGGGGAGAUAAUCCAGAAAAGACAAAAAUAGGGUGGGGUCAUUAAAAAAUCUUCUUCUCAAGAACCACUGGGCCAGAAAAGCUGAAACUUAUGUGAAAGCAACCUAGGGUAGUGUAGAUUCUAAAUUGUUCAAAUCAAGACCCCCGGGGGUAGGGUGGGGCCACAAUAAGGAAUAAAAGUUUUACAUAGAAACAUAUAGGGAAAAACUUUAAAAAUCUUCUUCUCAAGAACCACUGGGCCAGAAAAGCUGAAACUUAAGUGGAAGCAUCCUGGGGUAGUGUAGAUUCUCAAUUGUCCAAAUCAUGACCCUCGGGGGUAGGGCGGGGCCACAAUAGUGAAUCAAAGUUUAACAUAGAAAUAUAUAGGGAAAAACUUUUUUUUAAUUUUCUCAGGAAAUACUGGGCCAGAAAAGCUGAAACUUAUGUGGAAGCAUCCUGGGGUAGUGAAGAUUUUAACUUCUUCAGAUCAUGAUCCACCGGGGUAGGGCGGGGCCACAAAAGGGAAUCAACGUUUUAUAUAGAAAUGUAUAGGGAAAAAAAAUUAAAAAUCUUCUUCUCAAGAACCAUUCGGCCAGAAAAGCUGAAACUUAUGUGGAAGCAUCCUGAGGUAAUGUGGAUUCUAAUUUGUUCAAAUCAUGACCCCGGGGGUAGGGCAAGGCCACAAUAGGGAACACAAGUUUUAAAUUGAAAUAUAUAAGAAAAUACUUUAAAAAUCUUCUUCACAGGAACUACUGGGCCAGAAAAGCUGAAACUUAUGUGGAAGCAUCCGUGUGUAGUGUAGAUUUUAAAUUGUUCAAAUUAUGCGCUAAUGUGGUAGGGUUGGGUCACAAUAUGUACUACAAGGGGGAAUUUGGUAAAGAACAGCUUGGUCAACGCUACUCAGGUGAGCGAUGUGGCCCAUGGGCAUCUUGUUUAAUUUAUCAUUUUAUUUUUAUGUCCUAUAAUUGGAGAUUCAGAGUA